UGUGAAAGUGGCCUGACGUCACACUCCCACAAUGCUCGCGCCCCAGAACUCUGGCGCUGCAGCCUGAGGAGAGCGCGAGCCACUCAGGCCCCGAAAAAAAGCCAAAAAUUAUAGAAAAAAAUCUGAAAAAUUAAUAAAACAACAGAUCCAGAGGAGAAACUCCGGGAAAGCUGUCGUGGGAUCCCCCGCGAACAAUCAAAAUGGGCAAUAUUAAUAUCUACUGGACCCCACCCAUGUCAGUUGGGACUGGGUGAAAGAAACAGAGACAUUGCUAUUCUUCCAAAGGUUCUGAACCUGAACGAGGAUUUUUUUUUAAAGAAGAGACUGUAUAAUUCCUAGAGACUGCCCUUCAAACUCCACCCCAGGCAGAAUCCAAACAGAGCCUGGAAGGUAGGGCAGCCACGGCUGGGGUUCAAUGGCAACGGCACCAUAGGGCUGCCAUGGCAGCAGCUGCCGCUGAUGCCCCACACCACAUAACCACACUGACGCCGGAGGACGAGGAUCAGCGAGCUGCCCCCAAACUGUUUGGAGGUCCAGCUCAAGUGAGGACGGAGAGUGAGAGAGAGAAGGAGACAGGGAAGGAGGAAAGCGGCAACGAGUGUUUGGUGUGUGGCACCCUCUUCAGCUCACAGGAUAAGCUUCAAAUCCACACUUUUAGUCACACAGGGGAGAAACCUUUUCACUGUACCCAGCCAUACUGCCACAAGGCCUUCAGCUCCAAAUAUAAGCUCUACAGGCAUAUGGCCACACACUCCCCACAGAAGACCCACCAGUGCUCAUUCUGUGAAAAGAUGUUCCACCGUAAAGAUCAUCUGAAAAAUCACCUGCAGACCCAUGACCCCAACAAGGAAGCUUUUAAGUGUGAGGAGUGUGGCAAGCACUAUAACACAAAGCUAGGCUACAAGCGCCAUGUGGCCAUGCACUCUGCCACAGCAGGAGACCUGACAUGCAAGGUAUGUUUGCAGAGCUAUGAGAGCACUCCUGCUCUCUUGGAUCACCUCAAGAGCCAUUCCGGCAAGUCUUCAGGUGGCACCAAGGAAAAGAAACACCCAUGCGAUCACUGUGACCGUCGCUUCUACACCCGCAAGGAUGUUCGCAGACACAUGGUAGUUCACACAGGUCGCAAAGAUUUUCUUUGCCAGUACUGUGCCCAGCGCUUCGGAAGAAAGGACCACCUCACGCGACAUGUGAAGAAGAGCCAUUCACAGGAGCUGCUGAAGAUCAAAACAGAACCACCAGAUAUGCUAGCUCUGCUUGGUUCUGGCUCUCCGACUUGUGCUGUGAAGGAAGAGCUCAGUCCUAUGAUGUGUAGCAUGGGCCCCAACAAGGACUCCAUGAUGACCAAACCUUUCCGCAGUGGCACCCCUUUUCCCAUGGGCAUGUACAACCAACACCAUCUACAGGCCAUGUCCAGCCCUGGAAUGGGCCACCAUCACUCCUUGGUUCCUGGGUCACUGUCUGCUGCUAUGGGUAUGGGCUGCUCUAUGGAGCCUCCUUCAGCCUUACACCACCAUCAUCCACAUCAUCACCACCACCCACACCAUCCCUCUCCACCGCCAACACACCAGCAACAAACUCCACUGCAACCUCAACCCCAGCAGCAGCAUUCCCAACCUCCCAAGUACCAGCUUGGAGCUACCUCAUACUUGCUAGAUAAGCCCCUAAAGGUGGAGAUGGAGAGUUACCUGAUGGAUCUGCAGAGUGGCUUGCCAGUCCCUCCCCCACCUUCAGCUGAUCCCCAUUCAGCUGCUUCACCUAAUAAAGAUGGUCUGGAGCCUCCUCCUGGCUUAACAGAUGAGCUAUGUGGGGAUCCCCUCCUAUCUAAAAGCCCUGCCAUCAUUGCUGAAUCUCUGUGUGCUGCUAACAUGGACUUCUCCCAUUUACUGGGCUUCUUUCCGCUAAACUUGCCGCCCUAUAGCACUCCCAUGGGUUCGGGAGGCCUGGUGAUGGGCUACUCCACCUCCACUGCCUCUUCUUCUUCCUCAUCGUCGUCAGCAUCUUCACAUGCUGCCGACUCUCAUGCUGCCACAGCAACCGCCUCAGUGCCUCUUACCUCUUUGCAACCUCAACCUCAGGAGCAACCGGGCUCCAGUGGAGGUCUUGGCCUCGGGCCCCUGCAUCCACUCCCACCAGUGUUUAGCUCCAGCCUUAGCACGACCACCUUGCCUCGCUUCCAUCAGGCCUUUCAAUGAGGCUCCCACCCCACCCUGAUCUACCACAGACUGAUAACUGUGGUGGCCCAGGGUAGGGGAGCUUCAGGGCUCCCUCUAGGGGUGGGAGAAUAAAACACUUGAGCACAUAGAAGCCUUAACUAAAGCGCACAAAUGCUUUUAAAUGAGCCUGGAGAAACCAAUUUAUUUUCUGAAAGGAAGUAGAACAUAGGAAAUAAGAAAACCAUGGAGCUUUUGUUUAGGCUUUUCCAUCAAUAUUUUAGUUAAACCUUUCCUUCAACCCUUGACUCACCAAUUCCUAGUUAGGAUGCAGCAUCAGCAGGCCUUUAAGGCAUGGUACCGCAUACUUUAUAAAGUAAUAAUAUGAGUUGGAGAAAGGAUGUUUAAAAUGUUUUUUAAGAGAAUAGUUUGAAGUUAUUAAGCUUUUUUUUUUGUUGUUUAUUCAAACAUGAGACUUAAUUUAUAUUGUCUCUGUUCUAUUAAAGUCAGGUAUCAUUUAAUCGCCCUUAAACUAAAACUGCCUUGGCAGCUGGGAGAGGAAAAAUUACUGGAGGAAUGAAGUUGUGAUGUUGCAUAAAUCUCUCCUCUUUCAUAGCCAAAAAAGCAAAUUCAUUAUAAAAUUAUACAAAAAUAUUUUCCCCAUAAAAUGUAUUAAUUCCAGUUGUUCCUUCCCCCAGUAUAUUAUAUUCAUCAACAUAAACACACUUUAGUAUUGUCAAAUUUCCUCAUAUAAGUGCACACUGUUCUUCUAAAAGGUAUUGUGUGCAAGAAUUAUGUAGGCAAGGGAAGAUUCCAUAAAAGAAAGAAGGCAAAAAAAAAAAAAGGCAGCAAAUGAGCUGUAACAUUUUACAAUCCUACUUUCAUACACUGACCAUUCAGAACAAAGGACAGAUCAAAGGAUAAUGUUAAAAAAAAAAAAAAAACGUACAGUUUUUGUUAGUCAAAGGAAGCACUUUGUUUACAGCAGAAGGCACUUGACCUUUUUUGGGUUCCCAUGGUGACCCGCUGACCCUCAGUUCCCUACUUCCUGCACAAAUUUACCUUUUCCUUCCUAGCCAAGCAUUUUACACACAGCAACAUCAUGUGUAUUCAAAAUAUUCUCUAGUAUUUAAAUAAUUCAAGUGUUUCAUAAUGGUUUCCUCCUUCCUCCCAGCACUAAUUUCCAUGGCAAACGUUUUAUUACCUCCAGUUCCUGCCCACCUCAUUCUAAUACGCAUGUUAGAAAACACAAAGAUAUUAGGCAGGAUAAUAGAGUUAAUAGUCAAAUGGUAAUAAUCACCCUGACAUAUGUGAAUAGAAAAGGAAUGACAAGAACGGGGGGAGGGGGAGGGGGUUCUACAAGAGUAUAUUUGCAGUGUACGAAAUACCACAUCAAAAAGAAAUAUAUAAUUGCUUUUAUUUUAGUAAAAUGUAUUUUAGAUAGAUGUAUUAAAAAUUGCUGAUGGGAUUUUUACAAAAACAAAAAAAGUCAGGUUUACAUAAUGAUGUAACCUUGUUCAAAAAAUGGAUGAAGUAAUUGCUUUUUAUUAUAGUCUUCCCUGUAUUAUUUGUUCUUUUUUUUCUUGUAUGUGGGUCAACAGAUGGUAUUUUGACCCAUGUGUAAUAGGCUUUUAGUAGAAUUAUCAAGUAGAAUGAACUACUCUUUAAUUUUUAGUGUUGCAUAGAGAGGCCCGUAAUGUGACCCAAGUUUCAGAAUUAUUCUCUUUCAGUAUUGGAACAGAGCUGACAGACGUCUUUGAUGUGGCUCGCAUCCUGUGGCCCCUAAACAAUUCUACUUUAUCAAUUAACUUUAAUCGUCACGUCAAGGAGAAUUUCUAAAGCAUGUCAAAUUAAUAUCACUAUAAAGUGAUACCGAUGACAUGGUGGUGUUUCCUGCACCAAAAUACCUUGAAGAAAUGUCCUUUAAUGGCCAGAAUUUAAAAUUUUGCUCAUCCCUAGCCUUGUAGUCAAUGUGAAAGACAAGAAUAAAAUUGCUCAAAUGCGAGGCCACCAGCCAAAAUGAAUUUGAAAAAGUUAUGAUGCUGCUUUAGCGCUAUGGUUGGUAACAGUCAUAGACCACUUCUGCAGAAAUCCUUCUGCAGAGAUCUUUAAAACUGAACGAAUGAACCGUUUGUCCAUUUCUGUUCUCCUUUUACAGCUGCUUCGUCCAUUAAAAUGAAAAUUUUUAUCAAAGGGUCUGAAGAAAGACAAAAUACCCAGAACAAAUAAGUCAC